AUGGUCCGAAUCUCCGUCUUGAACGACACCCUCAAGUCGAUGUACAACGCGGAGAAGCGCGGGAAGCGUCAGGUGCUCGUCCGCCCGGUUUCCAAGGUGGUGAUCAAGUUCUUGCAAGUGAUGCAAAAGCACGGCUACAUCAACGAGUUCGAGUUCAUUGAUGACCACAGAGCGGGUAAGAUCGUUGUCGAGCUCAACGGUCGUAUCAACAAGUGCGGCGUCAUCAGCCCACGUUACGACUUGUCCCACCACGACCUCGAGGACUGGGUUGGUCGCCUCUUGCCCUCUCGUUUGUUCGGUGUGAUCGUGCUCACCACUUCUUCUGGCAUCAUGGAUCACGAAGAAGCGAGACGUAAGAAGGUUGGCGGUAAGGUCUUGGGCUACUUCUACUAA